GCAUCAUCUUGAGUCAAUCGUUGUUUCUCAUUUGGAACAUCUCAAACUCGUUCUGGAAGGAUCAUCCCAUCAUCACAUUCCUCAAUCGUACGAUCGAUAUGACAUCCAAAGCCAACGCUUUGGUCAAGCUCCGCUUCCUCUUCUUUCCACCUCAGCAAUUGCUCUUACAUCCCAGGAAACCGGUCGCAAAAACUUCGCUUUUCUUCACGACCACCACCUAUUCGACGAUAAGUCCCACCCAAGUUGAAAACGCAGGGGAAGAAGUUAUAGCGAAGAACUCUAUUGAAGUUUUCACUAAAUGGGGCUGUAGUGAAAGUGAUAUAUGUAAGAUAUUAGCCCGCCAGCCUACUUUACGCAAGGCCGACGUUGCCCACCUUCAAUCCAAACUAAACAUUCUAAGUGGGUUGGGCAUUAGCGGUACUGACCUUGUGAAAAUCAUCAAUUGUCGCCCCCGGUUUCUAAGUUGUCGAAUCAAUCAUAACUUUGACGAGCGGCUAAAGUUUUUCAUGACAUUGUUUGAGUCGAGGGAAGUGCUCGCUAAAGCGAUUGUCAGGAACCCUUCUCUCUUGACAAAUGACUUUCACAAUAUGAUCAAGCCUGCUAUUGAAGUGUAUGAAGAGGUGGGUGUAAGUAGAAAGGACUUGAUUCCUUUGCUCCGGAACUGGCCCACGAUGAUACCUCGGACUAAAUUUGAUGAAGAAAAGAUGGAAUAUAUACGCAAAACCGGGAUUUCCAAGGAUUCCAAGAUGUAUAAAUAUGUUGUUACGCUCUUUGGCAUCUCACGCCAGGAAACCAUCUGUCAAAAGGUGGCGAAUUUUGAAAAAUUGGGGCUUACUGAAGAGGAAACAUUCAGCCUUUUCGGAAGGUUCCCCCUUGCGUUGACACUAUCGGUUGACAAAGUACAGAGGAACAUGACUUUCGUUUUGGGCACGUUGAAGCUUCCUGCUAGUGUGGUCGUUCAGCACCCAUUUCUACUGUACUCAAAUCUGGAGGCUGCGUUGAAGCCACGAGUACUUCUUGCAGAAAAGAUACAGGACAUGGGUCUUAAUUUGCAGAUUAAGGGACCCACAUCGCUGACGGCACUGAGGAUGACAGACAAGAGGUUUUUGAAGGCGUUUGUUGAGUGUCACCCGGAAGAUGUUGCCAAUGAGUUGAUGGAGUUUUAUAGAAAUGCAAAAGGUGUCAAGCGAUUGGCAGAAGCCUCAAAGAAAAAAAUUCGUAAGGGAUUCCCUUUCUGAAUUUUUGCCCACCAGGGGAAAAGAAUAAAAAGGGUUUGUUGAAUUUCAUUAGAAUG